AUGUCUGGCAAACUAUCACGCGAGGACCGCCGGCAGAAGGACCUCGAGGCGGCCCGCAAGGCCGGCACGGCCGCCCCGGCCCUCGACGAGGAGGGCAAGCCCAUCAACCCGCACAUCCCCGAGUUUAUGGCCAACGCGCCCUGGUACAUGAAGUCGGGCGAGUCGGAAGGCCCCUCGCUCAAGCACCACAAGGCCAACAUCCCCAAGUACAACCGCGACCCGAGCAAGCUCGAGAGUCGCUUUGAACGCGGCGCCAAGGCUGGUCCGGCCGCCAAAAAGUUCCGCGCCGGCGCGUGCACCAACUGCGGCGCCAUGACGCACACCAAGAAGGACUGCCUCGAGCGCCCGCGCAAGGUCGGCGCCCGGUACACGGGCCGCGACAUCGCCCCGGACGAGGUCGUGCACGACGACUCGAAGCACCUCAACGGCCUCCAGGGCCAGGGCGACUACGACGCCAAGCGCGACCGGUGGGACGGCUACGACCCGGCCCAGCACCGCCACGUCGUCGACGAGUACGAGGCGCUCGAGCAGGCGCGCCGCAAGCUCCGCGAGGACGAGAUCACGGCCGUCGCCAAGCUCGCCAACAAGGGCAAGGCCAAGGGCAAGAAGGGCAAGAAGGGCGCCGCCGACGACGACGACUCGGACGAGUUUGGCUCGUCGGACGAGAGCGACGCCGGCGGGUCGGGCGCCGAGGCCGACGAGGACAAGUACGCCGAGGGCGCCGACGUCGCCGGCCAAAAGCUCGACACCAAGACGCGCGUCACGGUGCGCAACCUGCGCAUCCGCGAGGACACGGCCAAGUACCUGCUCAACCUCGACACCGAGUCGGCCUACUACGACCCCAAGACGCGCUCGAUGCGCGAGGCGCCCAACCCGGACGUCGCCCUCGAGGACGCCAAGUUUGCCGGCGAGAACUUUACGCGCCACAGCGGCAGCACGCAGGACCUCAACAAGCUGCAGCUGUUCGCGUGGCAGUCCGAGUCGCGCGGGCACGACGUGCACCUCCAGUCGAACCCGACGGCGGCCGCGCUCGCGCACAAGGAGUUCCUCGAGAAGAAGGACGUGCUCAAGGAGACGAGCGCCGCGAGCAUCCUCGACCGGUACGGCGGCGAGCAGUACCUCCAGGCGGCGCCGAGGGAGCUCCGGGCCGGCCAGGACGAGGGCUACGUCGAGUACGACCGUCGCGGCAAGGUCAUCAAGGGCAUGGAGCGCGCCAAGGCCAAGAGCAAGUACGACGAGGACGUCUUCCCGGGCAACCAUCAGUCGGUGUGGGGCUCGUGGUACAACCUGUCGACCGGCCAAUGGGGCUACGCCUGCUGCCACUCGCCGAUCAAGGGCUCGUACUGCGCUGGUCAAGCCGGCAUCGAGGCCGCAGCCGCCGAGGCGUCGGGCGCGACCCUGCUCGCCCUCGCCGACAAGGCGCACUCGGCGCCCGACAAGGACGACGGCAAGUCGCUCGUGCAGCUCAAGCGCGAGCGCGACGCCGAGGACGCGGCGAGGCGCAAGCGCAAGGCGGACGCCGACGACGAGGCCGGCGACGAGAAGCGGCGCAAGCAGGCCGAGCAGGACGACAAGGACAAGAAGAAGGGCGACUUUGUCGGCGUCACCGAGGAGGAGAUGGACGCGUACCGACGAGGCCGCGAGCAGCGCUUCGACGAUCCCAUGGCGCAGCUCCCUCAAGGCGACGAGCUCCUCCCGCUUUGACCCUCUCCUCCUUCCCCUUUGUUGUAGCACUCUCUCUCGCUGUCUGCAUCGUCGUACUGUACUGUGCACCUCUCGCGAUCUCAUC